CUUCUUGUUAUAUUCAUUAUAAUAGUCCUGAAUUGUCUUUUUAGUGGUAACUAUCAAAGUGUCCUUGUUUUAUUUUAAUUCAUAAAUCACCUGUCCUUGAAUGCUAUGUUAAUCGGACACGGCUAAUAUCGCAAAGUGUCUGUGUCGACAUUUCAUGGACACGGACACAUGACAUGUGUCCGAUCCUUCACUAUGCACUCGGACACUUCCAUUAGGAGAGGAGAGGAAAAAAUAGAAGAAACAUGAAAGAAAAAUAUGUCUUGUUCGAAAACCACCAUUAAUAUAUAGAAAAUGGAGAUUAGAAGAUUGCCAUUUAUUUGAUGAAUUUACCGAGGAAAGAAUUAAGAUAAAAAAAUAGGGGUAGACAUAAUGAAAAAUUUAAAGCUUUUGUAAUAUAUAAUUUAUUUAUAUAAAUUUAAGUGUCAUAUUGACGUGUCCCCAUACCCGUGUCCUAAAAUUUUGGAACUUGCUGAAUCGGACACUUCGACAUGUAUCUGUGUCCGACACCUGUUCCCGAGUCCAUGUAACGUAGCUUGAAUGUAUAAAUACUUCCUCAUUUCCAAAUUAGUUGACGUGUAUUCCUUUUUGGGUAGUUUCUUUUUAAUUUACGCGCUUCUAUUUUAUUAGGAAAUUUUUAUAUGUUAAAAUGUCAAUUUUACCCUUAUUAUUUUCUCUAACUCAUCUUCUCUCUCCUACCUUUACCAUAAGAGGCCCUCUGAAUUUUCACUCUUACAUUAUCAUCUUCCCCACUCCAUCGCCGCCGCCACCACCACCACCACUUCAUCUCUCUCCUCUCUUUCUGGUACACACCCAAUUUUCUGGCGAAACACUUUACCUGAACAUCUCCUCCACCCACUACUUCCAAGCUCUCACGGUCUUACCUUUGGCUGUUUAAUGGUUGACAACAAGAGCUCUGCCAUUGUUGCAGUGGUCAAAUAUGAGAACGGAGGAAAACUUGGAAGAAAAUGAAGUGAUAAACCUUAGUUUUAAUAGCCAAUACCCCUUUCUCUUCAUUGAGCGAAAUGGGACAUGCUUUCCACAACAUUUGAACCUGAAGACACUAAAACUUCUAAUACCCAAAAUUUUUGUAUCCAACCGCGCUGGAGUUAGGUGGUUUUAGGUAGAUUAGUUGGUGUCUUAGAUGGUUGUAGCGGGGAGACUUAAGUAAGGAGGGAAGAUGAGAGAAGAUUAGUGGUGAGAAGGUGGAUGGAGGUGAGGUGUCUGAUGAGUAAUGGAGGUGGUAAUGCAGUCCCUGCAGUGGGCUCAAGAGGCUGCUUGUUUAUUGUCAACUGGGCGUGCACCAUGUCAAGAAACUUGAAUGGGGAUCUCUGUCCAUCGAUCUUCUUCCUCAUCCUGACAUGUUUAUGGAUGGCCGUGUUCAAGAGGGGGCAAACAAGAGAGAUGAUGAUGGAGCAAAACGUUUAUUCUUUGGCGGCGAGCGCUUUCUUGAGGGGAUAUCGGGACAGGCUUAUAUAACAGUACAGAGGACACAGCUUAACGACCCUUUGGGGCUUGAGGCCAGGUUGCAUAUAACUGAAGCUGUUUGUCCUGCUUUGAGUGAACCAGGACUCCGAGCUCUUCUUCGCUUCUUAACAGGACUGUAUGUAUGCCUUAAUAGAGGAGAUGUGGAUCCAAGGGCACAACAGCGAUCUACAGAAGCAGCUGGCCGUUCAUUAGUCUCGAUUGUUGUUGACCAUGUUUUUCUCUGCAUUAGAGACACGGAAUUCAGGCUUGAACUUCUGAUGCAGUCUCUCUGCUUUUCUCGGGCAAGUGUAUCUGAUGGAGAAAAAGCCAAAAACUUGACACAAGUUAUGAUUGGUGGACUUUUUCUGAGGGAUACAUUUUCUCAACCUCCAUGCACUUUAAUCCAACCAUCAAUGCAGGCGUUAGCAAAUGAUUAUCAGCAUAUUCCUAAUUUUGCAAUGGACUUCUCUCCCCCAAUAUACCCGCUGGGAGAUAAAUAUUGGCAAGCAAAUGAGGCUGCCUCUUUUAUAAGUAUCCAUUCUCUGCAGGUGACGCCCUCGCCAGCUCCUCCACUGUUUGCUUCACAGACAGUAAUAUCUUGUCUGCCUCUUCUGAUCCAUCUUCAGGAGGAGUCUUGUUUGAGAAUAUGUUCCUUUUUAGCUGAUGGAAUUGUAGUCAAUUCCGGCUCCAUCUUGCCAGAUUAUUCCAUCAAUUCUGUUAUGUUCACUCUAAAAGAACUAGAUCUUACAGUUCCAUUGGACUUUGCAAAGGCAGGUAAUAAUGCCUGCAGUGGUGAUACUGCUUUCCAGGAUUUGUUUGCUGAAGCUAAGCUUCACAUUGAAAAUCUGUUUUUUUCUGAAUCACCUGCACUAAGUAUGAGCGUGCUUGAUUUGGAGAAGGAUCCUGCUUGUUUUUGCCUCUGGAGUGAUCAACCUAUUGAUGCUAGCCAGAAAAAGUUGUCUGCUGGAGCUUCUUACGCAAGUUUGUCUCUUGAAACAUCUGAAGAUGCAGAUGGUCAGCAAAAUUCUUCUAAUUCAUCUUUGGUAUCGUGGAGGUGUGUUGAGGUGAAAGAGGCUUGUGUUGAGGUAGCUAUGGCGACUCUAGAUGGCAGUGUGUUGGUUCAAGUUCCUCCUCCCGGGGGUAUUGCGAGAUUUGGUAUUGCCUGUAAGCAAUAUUGCUCUAAUGCUUCUGUUGAGCAGUUGUUUUUCAUCCUGGAUCUCUAUGCAUAUUUUGGAAAAGUAAGUGAAAGGAUAGCAUUAGUAGGAAAGAGUAAUAAAUCGGCAAUUCAGAGAACUGAAUCAUGGAAUGAUGAGCUGAUUUCUAAGGCUCCCAGUGAUACUGCUAUGAGCUUUGCCAUAAAGGACCUUCAAUUGAAGUUUCUGGAGGAUUCAUGCAAGACUACACAGGGGAAGACUUUGGUUCAAUUUAUCGGGGAAGAUCUGAUUGUUAAAGUAGGUCAUAGAACCCUUGGCGGAGUCAUUGCUAUAUCAUCAACUAUACACUGGGAAACUGUGGAAGUGGAUUGUUUAGACGUGGAGGGUAAUUCUAUGCUUGGCAACAGCACACUGUCAACUCCCUGUGCAAAUGGCUCUCUGAUUACUGCAAAUGGAUGUCCGCAGCUCAAAGCUGUGUUAUGGGUAGAGCAUAAAGGUCAGAGUCAGUUAAGUGGAAGAGCAAAGCAUGCUCCUUUCCUCGAUGUAAGUAUUGUGCAUGUUAUACCUUCCCAAGCUCAGGAUGCUGGUUGUCAUAGCUUGAAUGUGUCAGCUUGUAUUAAUGGUGUUCGUUUGGGUGGAGGAAUGAACUAUACUGAAGCCUUAUUACAUCGAUUUGGAAUUCUUGGUCCUGAUGGGGGCCCUAGUGAAGGGCUUUUGAAAGGGUUGGAGAACUUGUCUAGUGGUCCACUGUCAAAAAUCUUCAAGGCACCGUCUCAUACUGUGGAUCAUGUGAAAGAAAAUGGAACAUGUGACAGUAGCCAUGAUAGUUUAUUUUCUCACCUGGGAAAGCCAAAUGAAGUGGAUGUGCUGGUUGAUCUGAGAAAUUGGUUGUUUGCUCUUGAAGGCGCACAGGAGAUGGAAGACAGAUCAUGGUUUGAUAACCAUGUAAAUACUAAUAGGGAAGAUAAGUGUUGGCAUACUACUUUCAAGAGCUUGAAGGUUAAGGCAAAGAAUACUCCAAAGGACCUAUUGAACUGCAGUGUAAAGUCCAAUGGUGAUCAUAGAUAUCCUGUGGAACUGAUAAUGAUUGGCGUUGAAGGUUUGCAGAUGGUGAAACCUCAAGUCCAAACAAGCAUCCAUACAGUGGAGUUUCCUGUCAUUGCUAUUAAAGAAGCAGAUAUGAAGAAAUUCGGAGGGGUAAAUGUUGAGGUUCAUAUGGUUGUCUCGGAAGAUGGUUUUGAUGAUGUAACAGACAACUGGAUGGUUGAAAACCUUAAAUUUUCUGUUGAGCAACCGAUUGAGGCUGUUGUUACCAAGAAUGAGCUGCAGCAUCUUGCCUUUCUUUGCAAAUCUGAAGUUGACUCUUUUGGAAGAGUGGCUGCCAGUGUUUUGCGACUUUUGAAACUGGAGGGUUCAAUUGGUCAAGCAGCUAUCAAUCAGUUGAGCAACCUCGGAAGUGAAGGCAUAGAUAAAUUUUUUAGCUCAAAGCAGCUGACUCGGGGUGACAAUGAUGUCUUUGAACAUAGCCCUUCUUCAAAUGGACAUGUAAAUAGCUCACAUCCAUCUGUGAAAACCAUCGUAACCUUGCUUGAGAAGGAAGUUGAGGAUACAGAAUCCAAAUGUGCUGCUCUGAUUUCUGAUAUCGGUGAAUCAGAGACUUCCUCACAACACCUUGAUCGUGUCAAGGAACUUGGUCAGCAAAUUGAAAGUGUUCGUAUGUUAUUGAAGCAGUUGAAGAAUCAAGGUUAGCCUAUUUUGCAUUUAAAUAUAUUUUUUUGUCAAUUCUUUUUUGUACAAGUUACUAAGCCCAGGGAGGAAAAUCCGACCCUGUUUGGUAUAAUAUUAGUGAUUCUUUUUUGUACAUAGUCAUAUAUAUAUAGAUAUCUAUAUACUUCAUACGAGUGUUAGACAAAAGGCAAAUAAGGAGCAUUCAUUUGACACAAUAAUUUUGUAACUUGAAUGUAAAAUUUUGUAUCUGCAAGCGCGAUAAUGCACUGAAUUUUUUUUCGUAUUAA